UGAUACUGCGGUGGUUGAUGCUAGUUUCCAGCUAAUGGGGAAGCCUGCUUCACGAACUAGUCGGCGAUUCGGCCGCCUUUGGUGGAACCACGGCGCUUGCGGCCGGCACCACCCCUCUUGCGCCAGCGGCCGUUCCUGACACUUCACUCCUUCUCCCUUCAUGCUCUCUCGCCAUCACUUACUUACAUCGUCAUCGCCAUCGCCAUCGUCAUCGGCUGACGCUAUGGCCGCAGGCAGACCCGCGAUCAAGCGGUUGUCAAAGCCAAAGACCCGCGCCAGUCAGGCGCAGCCCAGUCGACGUGGUGGACGUCAUACAAAAUCGCACACGCCCAGGCCAGCAGCAAGUGUAGCUACCACACCGGCUGCUGCGCGAAGCAGUGUGAGCCCUCAGCAGCAGGUUCAGAGAAGCUAUGGAGCCCUCUUGUCCUCUCGCGACCCAGUCAUUUCCGAUGUCGGCCCGCUCAUCCCUUUGCCCAACUUCAGCAACGACCCUCGCCUUCUCGAGGAGAUCGAGCGCAUCAAUCAGCUGCGUAGCAAGAAUCUUAGCCUGGAGGAGAGCGAAGACGAGCAGGAGGAACGAUGCGGCAGUCACAACAGUCUGGCGACGGUCGCUCUGCUUGAAUUCGAGGGCGGCUUUCGUGCCCAGGAGAAGAUGGCCAUCGCCAUUCAGCUUCAUCGCCCCUUCACCGUCGGCUACGACGAGAGCAGCGACUACAUGAUUGAGACAAGCACGGCCCAGGGUAUCUCCUUCAGACUCUUCGCGUAUCAUUGCGAGGGCAAUAGCAGUCGAGAGGUAACAGUGUCGUGCGAAGAUCGCUCACUUCCUGGGCAAGGCAUACAAUGGAACGGGCAUCAGAUCUCUCAAGACACUGUGCUCCUCAGUCAUGGUGACGUUGUAGAGGCUGGCCAGCAGCGCUUCACAUUCAGCAGCAUGGUCGACACAUCCCUUGCCUGGGAUCAAGACGACAGCUCGAGUCAAACACCCGCACACCGCUACCAAUAUUCAUCUCGCAUGCUCGGCGAAGGCACACAUGCCAUCGUGCUCCUGGCCUGGGACCGCAAGCAUCAACGCCAAGUAGCCUGCAAGCGCUUCAAGAACACCGACGCCCAGACUGGCAGCAUUGCAAAGGAAGAGAUUCGCGUCCUCUCGCUCAUGCGCCAUCCAAACCUCAACGGUCUCCUCGACGUCGAUGAGGGGCGUAUUUCCAGGUCUCGCAAGGAAGUCAUUGUACGUGUGAUAGUCGAUGCGGCGAAGGGCGGAGACUUGUUCAGCUACAUUCAACAACAUGUCCCCAACGGCGGGCUCGAUGAGGCACAAGUCAAAUGGAUUGCCUACCAGAUGAUAAAGGGAAUAGUCUACAUGCACGACAAGGGGAUCGCGCACCAUGACAUCAAGCCGGAGAACGUCAUCCUCGUUACGGCGGCCACGAGGUUCCCGCACGUGCAGAUCGCUGAUUUUGGUAUGGCUUGGGAGGAUCCCCUUGUCACGCAAAAGGCCAAGGGGAUGGAUGAGGCUGCGUUUGAUCGAGUGCUGCGCGAGCCCAGGUGCAGGGAGAAGCACAUGGGUACUACUCUCUACGCCCCGCCGGAAAUGCUGAUCAACCACAGUAGCCGGCAGCCGGGGUACAGCCCAUUCUUGCACGACUCCUGGUCCCUCGGUUGCACAAUCUUUACAACCAUCUUCUCCAGCCACCCCAUGACCUCAUCCGCCGGUCUCCCUCACGUGGGCUGCGAUGUGGACCCCGAACCCAUCAUCCUCGCAAUGGAACGAGGCGUCGAAGAGGAGCAGAUUCAGCAGGGCAAGCUCCGCCAAGACUAUGUCGCGAUCAUUGGCUGCAUCCUCAAGGGGUUGAGGUGGGAAAUCUUGCCGCCGCUGCGUCCUCAUCACGGGAGUGUGAGGGCUGCAAAGGCUUUCCUCGAUGACUUGUUCGAGCUUGAUACUCGAUAUCGGCGCACCAUGAGGCAGGCUUUGAAAUCUCAGUGGAUCGAGUCGUCGAGGAGGGAGCUGGAAGAGAUGUAUCGCUGCCGCGUGCUAGGGGACUACCGUGGGGCAGCUGGGAGUGAUCAGCAGUAAGCUAGCUAGCCUGCAAGGCGCGGGCCAUCGUCAGCGGCGCCUGAAUGCCAGCGUCAACGUCAAGAAGCCGCCAAAUCA